AUGCUGGCGGAGGCACCCGAGCAAUGGAGGACCUUCCUCCACCAAUGUCUAACCAAUCGCAUUGACAUUGACGAAUUCACCGACCUGUCAGGUCUCCUCCUGGCCAGGUCCCCAGUCAAAGAGCAUGAGCUGCUGGACUUGCUGCUCCAAGCCCGGGCAGACUCAAGCAUCACCUGGGACCCCCUGCUGCCGCUGUAUGUGGAUGGGCUAUGCAGGGUGGGCCGGGUGAAGAGCUCUGCUGCGCUGGCGGGUGUCUUGAGACACUCUUCUAUUCAGGGGGAUCGGCCGUCCACGCUCAUGACUGAUAUCAAGGUCGUGCAGGAUGUGAUGAUGUUUGUUUCGACGGGGUCGAUUCCUAAGACGGCGACUGAGGCCGCGGAUAUUUAUUCGGUCACGGUCGAUUGGGUCGUUGCUGUUGUUGCUUGGCAUCAUAGGGACGGGUCGACGGGGCUGGUGGGCUCGCCUGAUGCGGUUUCGUUGUUUGAGUCAUUGGGCAUUUUGCUGGCUGCUUUGUCGGGGACUAAUAAGGGGUUGGAGGUUUUGUCGAGUGACUUUAAUCAAGGGCUGAAAGCAAAGCUGGGCCAGGCUUUGUCGUCUUAUUUGCCGCUUUGCGUGGAUGUUUCCCUGUCCUUGAGACAGCGUCUUGAAGAGCUGCAGAAGAUCUUCCAUUUAUACCCGGAUCAGCCGUCCAAAACGCUGGAUGAGCCUGCUAUCAACGGGAUGAAUGUCAAUGCUCUUCAGUUUGAGGCGUCGGUGAUGGAUAGUCCCGCUGUUGACACUAGAGCCGGACUCUAUGUUUAUAUUAAUUCGAUGGUCGUCGGCCGUCCUCUGGUUGAUGAUACUAUUCUGAUCAAUUAUCUCACCAAUCGAUACCAAGGUCAAAACGAUGUUCUCAUUGAAAAAGUUAUCACAGCUACAUUUGAUGUGUUGUCCAACGGUGUAUACCGCAAUGAGUCCAGCAGGACGAUGUUCCUUUUCCGGUCCUUUUUGGUCAACAAGCUCCCUGCAUUCUUUGCCGCUAUCUCGGCGGCGUCUAUGGUUCCAAUAUCCAUGGAAUUAUGCAUCAGUCAAGCCUUGAGCCGCCUGGACCCAAAUGCGUUCCCUUCAUUCUCACAGAUGUUCUCUAUGCAGGGUAGUAGUGUUCUAUCGGAUGCUCGCCAGGAGUUCCUUUUUGCUUGCGCAUCACACAAGCUCAUUGAGGAGUCUAGCAUUGAACAGCUUUUGGGAGAGAACCCCAUGCAGACAUUGCCUGGUGGCGGUCCCUAUAUCAAAGAUGAUAUUAUCUCACAGAUAAAUAACAACCAUGAAAGGGCGGAGCAGCUCAUUGGGGAAAUUGAGUCAAUGGAGGGUAAUGCAGGCGCUAUAGUUGGCGCGGUGGUCGAGGUUAUGCACAGUCUGUGCCAUCAAAAAGAGACAAUGACUCUGAAAAACAUUUGCAACUCGCUUUCGCGUCGUCCGCAGACGCUGGAUGUUAUUUUGCUGUUCCGAAGCGCAAAACAGGUCCUGCAACCUCUUUGCUCUGUCCUUGACUCUUGGAAGUGGGAUGAGGACCAGGGUGAGAACCAGCCUGUCUAUGAUGAAUUCGGCAGUAUUCUCUUGCUUGUCCUUGCGUUCAAGUAUCGUUAUGACCUGAGCCCAUCCGACCUGGGUAUCUCGAGCAAUGAUUCAUUCUUGCUGAAACUUCUGGACCGCGGUGCUUGCAGCCAGAAGCUGGCAGACCUGAGCGAGAAGCAGAACAAGGAUCUUGGUGCUUGGAUCGGUGCUCUUUUCAUCGCCGAGGGCAUCAGUGAGGAGAUCAUGUCCUCUUGCAGUCCGCAUGAGCUCUACAUGCUAGUGGCGACACUAUUCGACCAGAGUCUCGGCGCGUGUGAAUCUGGGAAACUAGAAUUCGAGACACUGAAAGGCGGAUUUGAAUAUCUCCUCGAGCCCUUCCUUCUUCCAUCCCUAGUGCUCGCCUUGACCUGGCUAGGAAAUCACAUCUGGGAAUCCGAAACCGACCCAACGAUUCCCCUCAAAGCCCUUUACUCCCUCAUCAGACCAAGCUCGAUCUCCGGUGAAGCUCAAGCCAUCCACCAAACGGUCCUCAACAUUACCGCACGCCCACUAGAGGAACAACUCAAGAAUGUGCGCACAAGACACCAAUCACGCACGGACAUCAAACCCAUCCUAGAUGCCCUCGAGCCCUACCUCUCCUUCCGCCGCGUAGGCAGCUGCCACCGCACCGAACUAGACACCUGGACCUCCCACACAACCGGCGGCCUCCUAACCAGCAUCCGCACAACCCUCCAAUCCCUCGUCCUCUGGUCCUCGAACCCCGAAAUCAACCUUGCCCCGGUAACAUACACCCACCGCCAACUCCUAACCGGCAUCCGAAUGCUAGGCGCCACCCGCGUCCUCUGCACCCUCAUCGACGAAGUCAAGCGCCAAUCCGAAACCGGCAAUGCCCACAUCGCCCUCGACAUCGCAACCACAAUGAUCUGCGCCCCGAUGCCCGAAUCCUUCGCCCUAGACCAGAACAACUAUCAUCCCGAAAAGCCAGUGCCGCGCUGUGCGAUCCUCACGCUCCGCGAUGCUCUUGCUCUCUCGCACGAUAAUGUUCCUAAGAUCUCCGAGACGGAUCCCCUACGCGCGGAAGUCAUUGUUCGGCUUGCGAGGCGGGUGAAUGUUCUUACUGCGCCGCCUUCGCAGGUCUCGAAUAUCGAUGUUAGUAAUAUUAUUCAGAACAUGGAGCUGGGUGUCGAGAGUGAUCGCAUGGAUCUGGAGCCGUCUGCUGCGGAUGUUGCGGGGAAUACGGUUGGUGAGGAUGAUCCGGAGAAUAUCAAUCGCAUGCUUGAUAAGGCUGCUGCCGCGGCGGCGGCUGUGGGCAUGGAUGGUGGUAUGGACGGUGGUAUGGAUGGAGGUAUGGAUAAUGGUAUGGGGGCUGGCAUGGACAGUGGCAUGGAUGGUGGAAUGGAUGGCGGUAUGGGACAGGAUAUGGGACUUGAUACCGGAGCUGGGAUGGAUGCCAUUGACGAUGUGCUCAACGCAGCUGAUAUGGCGGUUGGAAACCCCGAAUUUUUGGAUCUGGAUAUGGAGGGCAUGUUUUAG